AUGACACACAAUGAGGCCAAAUUCUGGGUGGCUCUCAUGGCUCUGCAAUCUGCUCAAGAGCAGAAGGAGUAUAAAGUUAGCCAUGUUUAUAGAGAAGCACAUGGUGUGGUAGAUGAACUAGCUAAUGAAUUGGUGGAGGAAGAUAAUGUACAAGUGACACAAUCUCAAAGAUUGCAAGACUAUACAGUGGAGAAACUGAAUCUGAAGGUGAUAGGGGCAGGCCUUCCUCGAACAGGCACAACCUCAUUGAAAGAGGCGCUCACCAUUUUAGGCUUUUCCUGUCACCAUGCUUCUGAAAUGUUUAAGAACAAUCAUACAGAUCUAUGGAUCGAUAUUUUGUCUAGUAAGUCGGACGAUUGGAAACACAUAUUCAGUGGGUACACAGCAACAUUGGACAUGCCAUCUGUAGCAGUUUAUCAGAAAUUGAUGGAAGUGUGUCCUGACGCAAAGAUAAUCCUUACUGUGCGUGACAAGGAAGCGUGGUAUCAGAGUGUAAAAGAUACUCUUUAUGCACUAUUCAAAAAACCCAAUAUGUUAUCUGCAUCAGAACUAGCCAUUGCUAGGUUGACACUGUGGGAAGGUUUAUUUGAGAGGUUCGAAGACAGAGAAUAUGCCAUGAGUGUGUAUGAGGAUCAUGUGGAAGCUGUGAAAAAUUAUGUCCCUGCUAAUAAAUUACUUGUAUUCAAUGUGAAGGAAGGAUGGGCUCCUCUCUGUGAUUUCUUGGGUCUUGCUCCUCCUCACCCAGAUACACUGUUUCCUCACUGCAAUGAUACAGCACAAUUCUACGAACGCUUUCUGAAAGACGCUAGACAAGGAUUUGUACUACUUUGA